UGCCUGGAAACUUAGUGAUGGUUGUACGAACGAGUCAAUGCUGUUCGCUGAAUGGCUGCACACGCGCACACGAGGUGGAGAUGUGACAUGACAUCAUCACAAGAGGUUGACACGGGGGGACAUCGGGCACUUUUAAUCAUAGACAGCCCAGCAAUACAUAGAAACAGCACAAGAGAAGCAUGAGGCAACACUGUGCAUUAAAACAUGGAAUACUCAGGGAAUUCCUGGCAGAAUUCCUUGGCACCUUUGUUUUGGUUUUGUUCGGCUGUGGCUCGGUGGCCCAGACUGUCCUCAGUCGAAACUCUUUGGGCGAGCCACUCACUGUGCACAUCGGCUUCUCAGUUGGGCUGACGAUGGCGGUGUACGUAGCUGGGGGAGUGUCAGGGGGCCAUGUGAACCCUGCUGUGUCUCUGGCCAUGGUGAUUCUGGGCAAACUUAAGAUCUGGAAGUUUCCUUUCUACAUCAUUGCUCAGUUACUUGGUGCAUUUGCAGGAGCCGCUGCAGUCUUUGGAUUAUACUAUGAUGCUUUCAUGGACUUCACCAGUGGGAUUUUUUCAGUGACGGGAAUCAAUGCCACAGGUCACAUUUUUGCAUCCUACCCGGCAAGACACCUGUCAGUUCUUGGCGGGUUCAUUGAUCAGGUGGUGGGUACUGGCAUGUUGGUUUUGUGCAUCCUGGCGAUUAUUGAUGGAGGAAACAUUGGAGCCCCCAGGGGCAUGGAGCCACUGGCCAUCGGCCUGAUCAUAAUGGCCAUCGGAGUGUCCAUGAAUCUGAACUGUGGCUACCCCCUGAAUCCUGCCAGGGACCUGGGACCGAGACUUUUCACUGCUGUGGCCGGAUGGGGGAUGGAGGUGUUCAGCACGGCAGGCCACUGGUGGUGGAUCCCAGUGGCGGGGCCCAUGGUGGGGGGUGUGGUCGCAGCGGUCCUGUACUACGUGCUUAUCGAGCUUCACCACCAUCGCGACAAACCGGAGAAGACCAGUGAGGAGGACGGCGACGAGGAGGAAGAGGAAGACGAGGAGGACGAGGACUGCAGCCUGAAGGACAAAUAUGAGAUGAUUACCAUGAGCUAAAAAAAAAAUUUUAAAAAGAGACAUUCAUGAUGUGCAUGUGGUUGCAUUCACUGAUGUUAUGGUCGAUGAGAUACAGAACUCCCAACAGCAUCCACCUCAGCGUGUGUGCUCUUUGCUAAUUACUGUUCCUGCACCUCUGAUCGGCCUUUUGGCCCGCCCAAAACAUUCAAUGUCAUCUGAUGCAAUACUGAAACUAGGUGCACAAAAUGAUUUUGCAGUAUACACAGGCAGAAAUACGGAAAACUGGUGAAAUCCAAUUUAAACCUCUCACACGAGCGGAUUAUGAAUGGAUGACUUGUAAAUAUUGUACUGUCAGAUAUUAGAUAUAAGAUGCACGACAGUCUCAUUUAGAAUUUGCUCCUGUUUUCUGCAGUAGUUGAUUUUCACUGUAAUUUAUUGUAUGUAUUUUUUAGUAUCGCUUGUCAUUUCUUAAGCACACCAAAUGUAUUCCUGAUAUUUACUGUUGCUUUGUUUAAAUUAA